ACCUGGGAUGAGCGUUUCCUCGUUUCCAGAAGAACUGUGAGAAGCCACGUCGGAAUAGUGCUCAAGAUGGACAAAAAGUCCUUUGAGACGGUGCUGGAUGAGAUUCGGAAGGCUGUUUUGACAGAAUAUAAAUUAAAAGCAAUUGAAUAUGUUCAUGGGUACUUCUCCAGUGAACAGGUGGUGGACCUCCUAAGGUACUUCUCCUGGGCAGAACCACAGCUGAAGGCCAUGAAAGCCCCUACAGCAUGUGAGUGACCCUCCCUUCUUGCCCAUAAAAUGGUGGCCGUCCACCCAGCAGAAGUGGUCAGCAUCCUCAGCUGUUUUACCUUCAGUAAAGACAAGCUGGCUGCUCUGGAGCUCUUGGCCUCAAACAUUGUGGAUGCACAGAAUUCUCGUCCCAUUGAAGAUUUAUUCAGGAUCAACAUGUCAGAGAAGAAACGGUGUAAAAGAGUCCUGGAGCAGGCUUUCAAAGCAGGUUGCAAAGCCCCUCAUGCCAUGAUAUCUUCAUGUGGAACCAUCCCAGGAAACCCCUAUCCCAAAGGAAAACCCAGCCGCAUCAAUGGGAUUUUCCCCUGGCACACCUCUGAAAAGGAUGGUGAAGAAAAUACCAAUGAAGGCAAAGGAAUAGCAGCACGAAUUCUUGGACCAUCCAAGCCGCCUCCCUCAACAUACAAUCCACACAAACCUGUCCCCUACCCAAUACCUCCAUGCCGGCCACAUGCAACUAUUGCACCAAGUGCUUAUAACAAUGCGGGUCUGGUACCUUUAGCCAGUGUGAUAGCUCCAGGCGUCCCUCCUCCACCUCCAUACACUCCGAACCCAGUAGGAACAGACAAUGAAGACCUCUCCAGUCAGUCAAAACCUACACAGAGUCAAACGUUUUCCACCCCAGCAGGCCAACUCUUCUCCCCUCAUGGUUCUAAUCCUUCAACUCCUGCUGCGACUCCUGUCCCCGCUGUGUCCCCAGUCAAGGCAGCAAACCAUCCAUCCGCGUCAGCAGCUGCCACUGGGGCGGGAAUGAAUGCUCCCAACACUGCCCUAUCGGUUUUCACAACGCCUCAGCCAUCUACAGCGAACCCGACUGUGAUCCGGACUCCCUCGGUGCCCGUGACACCUGUUACUUCCGCCCACAGCACCACACCUGCUCCCGUCCCUUCCAUUUUUUCUGGCCUAGUGCCACUGCCAGGUCCCUCUGCCACCCCCACCCCAUCCCCUCAGGCCAGCUCGACAGCAAGGGCCACGCUGACUUCCAGUGAGACCUUUACUUCCACGUGUGCCCCGUUCACCAGCCACUCCUCAGCCAGCUCCACCACCGGGUCAGCCAGUAACCCAAGCACGGCUUCCCUGUCAUCGGUCUUUACUGGCCUGCCUCUGCCCUUCCCACCAGCAUCCCACGGCAUAGCCACCCCAGCUCCUUCUGUAAUCGCUAGUGCCGGGGGUCCUCAUGGUGUAAACAGCCCUCUUCUGUCUGCCUUAAAGGGCUUUCUCACGACUAGCGACACACACUUAAUCAACUCAUCUGCCUUGUCAUCUGCGGUCACAACUGGGCUGGCUUCAUUAUCCUCACUUCCCAAUCAAAACUCGGAUUCCCCUGCUUCAGCCACUAACAAGUGCUAUGCCCCUGCUGCUCUUGCUGCCUCACAGAGGUCUUCUACCCCAGGGAUGGCCAUGUUCCCAGGCCUGCAGUCCCCUGUGGCCAGCGCCACCUCCUCAGCCCCAGUGCUGCCUGCGCAGUCUCCGCUGGCUACCCCCUCCUCCACAGCAAUGCCAGUCAGCUGUGGCUCCUCAGGUUCGCUUUUGCAUGGUACCCAUGCAGGUAGCAUUUCAUCCGCCCCUGCCACAGCAACUGUGCCCGUUAUGAUCAAAAGUGAGCCCACGAGCCCCCCUCCUUCGGCCUUCAAAGGCCCAGCUCAUCCAGGCACUCCUGCUCGCGGUACCUUGGGCCUAUCGGGUGCUCUGGGCCGUGGAUACCCUACAACCUCAGUGCCCAUCAGUGUGUCCACUUGCCUUAACCCUGCACUGUCCGGGCUUUCCAGCCUGAGCAAUCCCCUGGCUGGUUCUAUGUCCCUCCCACCACAUGCGUCCUCGCCCAUUGCUCCUGUGUUCACAGCCCUUCCUCCUUUCACUUCGUUGACCAACAGUUUCCCUAUUCCGGGUAGUCCCUCCCUCAAUCCUGCUGUGUCGCUCUCAGGGCCCUCUACCACCACAUCUGCAACUGCACACCCCGGCUCCGCGCCGGUGCGCCCAGUGCUGCCCACCUCCAAUGCCUCGCCUGCAGCCUUCCCACUCCAACCUGUCCACUGCCGUGCCCUCCUCUUCGCAGUCACCCAGGGCCCUCUGCCCGCCUCUAACCCUUCCUACCCCGGCUUCCCUGUCUCCAGUGCCCCAAGUGGUGCCCCGGCACUGGCCUCAUUCCCAGGGCUGCAGGCGCCAUCCACAGUAGCAGUCACCCCACUGCCGGUGGCUGCCUCGGCCCCAUCACCUGCGCCUGUUCUCCCUGGGUUUGCCUCGGCCUUCAGUUCCAACUUCAACUCCGCCCUGGUGGCACAAGCAGGUUUGUCAUCUGGACUCCAGGCUGCCGGUAGCUCUGUUUUCCCAGGCCUUCUUUCCCUCCCAGGUAUCCCUGGGUUUUCCCAGACUCCUCCCCAGUCGUCUCUGCAAGAGUUACAGCACAGCGCAGCUGCGCAGUCGGCUUUAUUACAGCAGGUCCAUUCGGCAUCUGCUUUGGAGAGUUACCCAGCCCAGCCAGAUGGCUUCCCUAGCUAUCCUUCCACGCCUGGAACACCAUUCUCUUUGCAACCAGGUCUAUCCCAAGGUGGAUGGCAAUGAAUUUUAAACAUGUUUAUUCUUCUUGGGAACAACAUGACAUUUGCCCAAGAACUGUAAUGAACAGUCUGACAGAUAUGAAAUUGUUCAGUUGUCUGAAAGCUCGUACUCUUAGGGAUGCUGGGACAGAGUUUAGAAGUUCGGGUUGCAUUUUUAAAGUGGUUACAAGUAUCCGUGCCCCCACUCCUAUAUAUGUCAAAAUACUAGCAAUGAAUUGUAUGAAGAGUAGUAUUUUAAAGUAUGUGGGGACCUUUCACCUCCUACCCUACAGUUUUGAAUUAUGUGUGUGAUCUACAUAGACUAUGAAAGAGGAGACAGAACUCUUCAUAGCCGAAUACAGCCUUAAAUCUGCUUGUAUUGCCUCCAUGGACAGAAGUGAUAGACUUACGGGUUGCAUGUGGCCCUGGGGGAGUUACUAUUCUACAGAUGCACACGUGGCUCCAGUUAGCAUCAGCUGGAAUGAAGUACUCUGUGUGUAUUCAAAGGGGGACUUGAGACUAUUUUUAAUUUGUUAUUAGUCAUACCUACUGCUGAAUUUAACUCACUAUAUUCCACGAAAGUAAAAAUGGUGCUGAUUGUAGUCUUUAGAAUGACAUUCAGGUGUUUUCAACCAAAAAUGUCUACCCAGAACUACCUUCUUCCAGAUGCAUAAGUAAGGGAGGCUUAGGAUAAUUGUGCAAAGCAUUCUUCAUGAUCUCAGCAUACGCCCGCAAGUGAUUCCCCGGCCACCACUGUUACUCCUUGUAUCCUGGAAGCUCUUGGUGAAUGUUUACAAUCAUGGGAUGUAUUUCUACUCAAACACUCAUCUGAAAUAAACGUGUGGCAGCAAUAGAAAAGACUCACUCUGUCAGUAAGCACAGUGUGCGCCACAGGCCUGAGUCAUCCUGAACAGUGUCUGCAACAUUAGGUGUAGGGAGCAGGAGUAGGUUAAUGCAAACCAUAGGCUCUACUGUAGUGCAGCUCAGCAUCCACAAGUUCUACUUUUAUAAAGAUGCAAGAUGUUGCAAAUGUAUUUUCCUUUGACAUGGGAAACAAACUUUUUAAGGAUAUGGAAUAACCCUGUAUGGUUAGUUUUUAACAUUUUUAAAAAUAAACUUUGUGGAUCUGACA